UUUUAAUGGAGGAUUUUAAUACCUAAAUAGUCUCAUUGUAUAAAGAUAAAAAAAUAAAAAAAUAAAAUGCUAAAAACAAUUGGAAUACGUUCCAGGCCUGGUUUCCACACGAUGGAUGAUCGCUCUUAUCCGGCCAACUAACUGAAAUUUGGCGCCCUCUUCUCUUCUCUCAUAACUAUGUUCUCAUCUUUUGCUCUUUUGCGUCAUGUUGUCUACUUGUCUACCGUCUGUCUUCCUUCAUUUACUAGCAAACUAGAUAAGCUAGCUAACUAGGCUAGCUGUUGCCAUGCCCAUCAUCUCCUCCUGCAAUAAACCCCAAGUCAGAGGUUGAAUCAAUUAUGAAAAAGUAAAAACAGUUAGGCCAACAAAAAAAAGAAGAAGGCGGCAAUAAAACUUUUGUCAAGAGAAGCAAAGUCAAGGCUCUCAGAACAUUUUGAAGGGAAUGAAUUUCUCAUGAUGUACAUUCCAGGGAAACAGAACCAAUGUCAGAAUUUGAGGUGAAAACACUGGAAGUAUGGCACUGGCUGGACGUUCAAUUUUCCUGUCCCAUAAUGAUAGUAUUGGCAAUACAUGUAUCAGGUUGGGACUUACAAGUGACGAAAGGUUUCAGAAGAGGAUGGUUGGUUUUCAUGUGGUUGUGAAAUUUCCCUCCAAUAGAAGAAAAUCAAGAUACUCCCAAUUCAUUAGGUCUAAAAGAAACUUUUGUGUUUUGGGGUCAAAAUGCUCUUCACUGCUCUCUAGCAAGACAGAGGAGGCUUUCUCAAAAUGUAGCACGAGAACUAGUGAACCUGAGAUGAAACGAGUAAUCAAUUUUCUGCUUGAAGAAGCAUCAAGUUGCAUUAAAGAGUGGAGGCGGUUACAUUUCAUGAAAGUAGCUGGUUUGCUGGCAUGCACUUUCAUGAUCAUGCCAUCAGCCAAUGCCACCGAUGCUCUCAAAACUUGUGCCUGCUUACUUAAGGAAUGCAGGGUAGAACUUGCCAAGUGUAUUGGAAACCCGUCGUGUGCUGCCAAUAUUGCUUGUCUGCAAACUUGCAAUAAUCGACCUGAUGAGACUGAAUGCCAGAUUAAAUGUGGGGACCUGUUUGAAAACAGUGUCGUAGAUGAAUUUAAUGAAUGCGCAGUGUCGCGAAAGAAGUGUGUACCUAAGAAAUCUGAUGUGGGAGAAUUUCCCAUCCCAGAUCCGGCUGUUCUUGUUAAAAGCUUUGAUAUUGAAAAAUUUAAUGGAAAGUGGUUCAUUACAAGUGGCUUGAAUCCUACCUUUGAUGCAUUUGAUUGCCAGUUGCAUGAAUUCCAUACAGAAUCUAGCAAACUUGUGGGGAAUUUGUCUUGGAGAAUACGAACCCCGGAUGGUGGCUUUUUCACUAGAUCAGCUGUGCAGAAAUUCGUGCAAGACCCAAAUCAGCCUGGAAUACUUUACAAUCAUGACAAUGACUAUCUUCACUAUCAAGAUGACUGGUAUAUUCUAUCGUCCAAGAUGGAGAAUAAACCGGAUGACUACAUAUUUGUGUACUACCGUGGAAGGAAUGAUGCAUGGGAUGGCUACGGCGGUGCUGUGAUAUACACAAGGAGUUCAGUUUUGCCAGCAAGCAUUGUUCCUGACCUUGAAAAAGCAGCUGCAAGUGUGGGAAGGGACUUUAGCAAGUUUAUCAGAACAGAUAAUACUUGUGGCCCUGAGCCUCCUCUUGUAGAGAGGUUGGAGAAGACACUUGAAGAAGGGGAAAAGAACAUUAUAGAGGAAGUUAAACAGUUAGAAGGGGAAGUUGAGAAGGUUGAACAGACUGAGUUGACAUUGUUGCAAAAGUUAGCUGAAGGGUUUAACGAGCUUAAACAAGAUGAGGAGAAUUUCUUGAGAGGGCUUAGCAAAGAAGAGAUGGAUAUAUUGAGCGAGCUAAAAAUGGAAGCAGGUGAAGUAGAAAAGCUUUUUGGACAAACACUUCCACUUAGGAAGCUAAGAUAG